AUGGAAUUGGAACUGGCCUCGCCAUCCGAGGGUGGCAGAACCCUACCGGCGGCUCUCGGGGUGGCGGUCGCGGCAGCAACGGUGGCGGUCGCGGCAGCAACGGUGGCGGUCGCGGCAGCAACGGUGGUGGUCGCGGCAGCAACAGUGGUGGUCGCGGCAGUGGCAAUGAUAGAAAUCGGCGAAGUGAUGAAGAAGACAAAUUGGUGGGAAGAGAAGCACGGCAAGCCGCCGCAACCGCAAACACCAUGGAACCGUGGCGGGCACGCCGCCGCAGCAGUUGGAGGCGACGGAGGCAACGCCGUGCAGGGGGUCGCGCAAACCGCCGGUGCUGUCCAGCCAGGAGGAAGGACCAGAAAUGAAGCUGCUCAGCCGGCGAAUACAACCGGGGCAGCAAACUUCGUUGCCAGCGGAAGUGGGAGUGUAAUUCACGAUUGGAGUGAAGAAUUGAUGAGGGGAGAGGCGGCGCCCGAUUCAGUAAAACAUGGGAAGAUAAAAUCAAAGGCUUCUUCCUCCCCAAAGAGAGAAACAGAUCCCAAGAAAAGAAUAGUUAUAACUGGGAUGGGCCUUGUUUCUGUUUUUGGAACUGACAUUGAUGUUUACUACAACAAACUGCUUGCUGGAGAGAGCGGUAUCACUCCCAUCGACAGAUUUGAUGCUUCGAAUUACCCUGUUAGGAUCGCAGGGCAGAUUCGCAGCUUCUCUUCAGACGGGUACAUCAACGGGAAGGAUGAUCGCCGCCUUGAUGAUUGCUGGAGAUACUGUUUGGUUGCUGGCAAAAGAGCUCUUGAUGAUGCUAACCUUGCCAACCAAGUUGUUGCAACUAUGGACAAGUCAAGAAUGGGAGUGUUGGUAGGAUCAGCAAUGGGAGGCACUUCGGUUUUUAGCAAUGGAGUGGAAACAUUGUUUCAAAAGGGGCAUAGAUAG